UGAAAAAUCAAACUGAAUCGCCGCAGAGAAAGGUCGGUAUGGACGAAAGGGAGCUUAAAGUGAAAAUGGGAGAUCAUAACGAUGUGAAUUGCUCGCAGAGGAGACGGUCACCGCGGUUGAGUUCUCCUCAGGCUGACUUCAGCAAAAUGGCGCUGGUUAAACGCUCCAUCACUGUGAGGAAAAUAGCGCCCAGGAAAACAGUCGCGCCGUCGGAGAACAAUAAGGAGAACACCCCGAGGCGGUCUGGGUCAGAAGAGGUCCAGAAGACGAAGCCUAAGGUGUCCACUCCAGGUGUUAUACCGCACCGUAGGGGGUCCACCUCGGCCAAGAAGACGGCCGCCAUGCCCUCGCCCAUCCUCUCGUCUUCACCUCCUCCUCCUCCGCCGGCUGCAGAUCCAGUGGACCCGGUGUGGUCGCAGAAGGUGCGCAGGUCCUACAGCAGGCUGAGCAGCCCCGACUCCAGGGACAACAUGUUCGGCUUUGAGAGGAUGAACACCCCGGAGGUCGUCAAGAGGGUCCAACGAUCCAAACCGGGUCUGGAGCUUCUUUCUGGAUCCACAUCUGGCCUGAACUCUUUCACAUCGCUGAUCGAGGCGGAGGUCUGCGCCCCCGAGGUGGACACAAACAUCCCGGGAGUGCUUUUAGUGAAGGAGAAAAAGAGGAGGAGGAAGGUCCAGCAGAUCGGCACCACAGAGAUGGACGCGCUGGCUGCUCAGAUGAACGCUGAGUUUGAGGAGGCUGAGGUGUUUGAGUUGUUCGUGGAGUAGAUAGAAAAGACUCUGAAUGACUUUUUUUUAAAGCAUGUUGUUGUUGUUUUUCAUCUC